GGUCGUUCUCCUUUAUGUUGCUUCAUACUUUCAACAGAAUUAGUCAGUUUCAGCCGACGCACCGCUUCGAUUAUGAAUUAUUACGUCACGAACAAAUUUUACGUAUAACUAUUUCAAAAGAAAACAAAACGCUAUUUAUUAACUAAAAGCUAAAAUCUUUCAUUGGAUUAAGACACUUCAUGUAGAUAUAUGCGUAACACAUGCGUCUUUAAUGUACAAAUUUGAACAACUUAAUUUGAACAAGUAUUACGACGCAUUACUUGGCAUAUAAACAUAAGUUGUAAUUAAACUGUUCAGGCGCAUAUAUAUGUUCGUUAAUGACUAUUUCUAAAAUCGCAAACACAAAGUAGAAAACAAGGAAACUCAACGUGGUAUUUUUGUGUUACAAAGUUAUCACACUAUGAAGACAUACUGUUUCUUUAUAGUUUUACUGAUAGCUGUAACAUACGUGCACGUUACGAUCGGCGCUCUACCGCCAAACAAUACUCUUUUAUUUAAUCCGCUUAUGUUUUUUCCACCAUUUGUUUAGUCAAUAUACGAUAUGCGCUCUACCGAUGAAUGUAUAAACGCAGAGAUUUUAGCCAAUAUUAAUCGUUUGAUUGAUCCGAGUGACAAUCUGUACAAAUUUCCUUGUGGCGGAUGGUUACAGAAUAAUCAAGCACAUCUGUUAUUUUCCAUAAUUGACUUUACUCUCAGUGCUCUUUCUUACUUUCGAGACAAAAUGAUUCAGCUAAACAACAAUCAGUGGCAGAAGGAAAGCUAUACAUUUGACACCGCAAGCGUUGCGAACAAUCUUACAGAAGAAAUUGACGGAACAGUUAUAAUGAAUAAAUUUAUUCAAAAUGCAAUUGACAUCUUACACUUUAAGAUGGAACUGGCUAACUUGACAAGCAUCGUAAAAGACCUCAUGGACGUUGAUACAUUUAUUUCGUUAACAAUCCAUCAAGUGCAAGAGGAAUACGAUAAACAACAUCCCGGAAUGAAAGGGAAGAUUAACUGGCAUUUAACCAUUCGAGAAAUAUUUGUGUCAGAAGGAAUCGCGAUAGAACUGUCUAAAGUGGCGGCUGCAAGGAGUGAAAGAUUAUAGCGAAGAUCAGAUCAACUUCUUACCUUACGCUCAAGUAGUAUAAUAAAAUGUUACGAAUAUAACAAAAAGUAUGAAAACUACAAUCAAUAAACAGACGGUAAAAAUACAUGGACUAUAUUAAAAUCAUAAUUUUUUUUUUACUUUCUCUGCAAAAACUGCUCUGAUGGAAAAGAUACAAAUUACUUCUGACGUUCAUCCUGGAAGCGAAAUUAGAAUUUGCAGCAGCCUUUUAAAUUCUCGUUAAUUCUCGAAAGUUACACUUGCUCUCAGGAAACCUCAAUUAAUCUAAAGAAGUGCAUCCUUUGGUUCUAGGCCGAAGAGAUGAGAGGAAGCAACAUAUCUACAAAUUUGUGAACGAGAUAUUCCUUCUGUAGCAAAUAUUUUGUAAAAUUUACAAUUAUUAUAUUUCUAGAUAUACAUACAAAACUCUGUGAGGAAUUAUAGUAAAAUAACAAUUUUUUUCAAAUUGAAAAGAAAUGUAUAGUUUCAAACGCACAAUUUUUGAUAUAUUUAGUAUGAUUUUAGAUCACUUGUAAUGGGCACAAUGUUUAGAUCAUUCACGAUCUAUCAAAAAGAAAAUUGAUCACUCUAGAUUUCUUGAUGCUCUAUGAUAAAAAGACUAGUUGAAAUUCCUCAGAACUCAGUAUGAUAUCUAUGCGUACGAAACAUAAAUGAAUAUUUAUAUGUAAAUCUUUAUAUGUAAUACAUAUAUGCUUGUGAAGAAAGACAUGCGCAAUAACA